AAUCUUAAAUCUGAAAUUAAAAGAAAAAAAGAUAUUAGCGAUGAUAACUCUAUACAAGUUCCAGAGACACAAAAUAUAGAGAUUGAAGAACCUAUAAUCAAAAAACAUAAAACAACAGAUGCUGAAGAGCAAAUAUUGAAGCAGCUUGAACAUUAUAAAGAGGCUUUCUUAUUGCUUCUGGAAAUUGUUAAUGAGUUAGUGGAACAAUUGGUGGAAGUGGAACA